AUGGAGCCGGCAUUGCGAAGAGCAGCAUCCAGCGUCUGCGGACAAUGUUCCUCGACACUGCGGAGGCAAUUGAUGGCCAAUGGAUCCUCAAGAACCGCCCCUCGGCUCGCAUCAGCCCACGCGACCCGAAGCCUCCAUUCCACCGUUUCGCGGAGAUCCAAGGCGAACAACGUGCUUACAAGACAGUUCUCUUCAACGCCGAAAGCCUCGCAAGAAGUGGCGGCUGCCAAGCUCGCGGCCAGCGAAACCCCGACCCCCAAACUUCGAUCGGAUGAUCUAUUCCACUCCUUCACGAACUCGCCCAUCCCGGAGAUCCGCCGCCGUGCGGCUUUCAUGAGACAGCAUGCGUAUUGCCCUCACCCAGAGCACCGCGCGACUCGAGUCCCCACUAUUGCUCCUCACGGAGAGGAAAACCAGGCUCAAACAGGCCAGCUUGCGCCGGCGCACGUCGAUUUCGAAUGCCCCGACUGUGGAGUACCUGUUUACUGCAGCAAGGAACACUGGAUGGACAAUUACGAGGCUCAUCUCGAGAUCUGUGACACCUUGAGGGAGAUCAACGAGGACGACCACGACCUUCGGUCCGGACGCGCCUUCCCCGAGUUCGUCAUGGCGGAGGAUCAGAUGCCCGAGGCUGUCGUCAAUAUGACGAACUGGGAUACCUUCAUGUACAGCCGAGAGUUCGAGGCUGUGAAUGACGAGCGCAGCAUGCGCCAGGUCACGAAGAUGCUCACAUACCCUGUCACUAUUGGUAGUGUCCUCCAUGAGUUGAGCCCCUACAGCAUUAAGAAGGGGGAGAGAUUGACGAACGAGGGUUUGAAGAGUUUGAGUGCACUGCGAUAUACCCUCCACCCUCCCCUGUCCGGAAAGGGCACGGCGAUGAAAGACCUUCGUCCUGAGGCCCCUCCUGUGCGAAUAUUCUGCCUAGGAGCCCGUGCCGAAUCAUCCUUGCCCAGAAAUGUUUGGCUUCAGCUUGCGCACCUGUUCCCCGAGAGCAAGAUUCAUCUCAUCUUCAUUGGCCCCGAGAGCAUGGCGAACCGCGAUGACGAGUUCCCGUUGCCGCCGCGAACCCCCGAGAACCCCUUCGGCAUGGUGAUUGAGGACCGGAUAUCGCACAAGAUGAAGAUCAGCACCAUCGUGGACUACUAUCACACCAUUCACAAGACUGGGUACUUUGCACCGUAUGACCCGUACUUCGACUGUUUCUGCCUCUUCCACCCUGGUCUGGGCCACCCGGCAAGCAGCCAUGAGUGGACAGAGACGCUCCCCUUGCUUCUGGAAACCAAACUCCCCAUCAUCGCCACAGGUUACACGCAGUUCGACAUGGAGAGAGAUAUCGAAUGGGUCCGCAAGACGGCGGCUGGCGAGUUUGAUGUGCUGCUGGAGCCUGGCGAGAAUCUCUUCCGCAGCUUGAGGUGGGACAUGAACGACCUGGAUCCCCAGGACGUCAGCUGCGGAAACUGGGGAGUGUGGGCGUUCCGUGGAAAGAGAUACGAAACGACCAAGAAGGAUGAGGAAUAG